AUGAGCUCCUCUUCUGGGAGGCGGCUUCUGGUCUCCUGCACCAAGCAGAUGGCCGCACACGUGAACGGCGGGCGGCACAGGGAGGCCCUCGCCCUCUUCGUUCAGAUGCGCGUCUCGCCUGAGCUCCCCGCCGUGGACCCCUUCCUCUACCCGCUGGCGCUCAAGUCCUGCGCGGCUCUCCGUCUCCCCGGCCCCGCCGCCGCCGUCCACGCGCACGCCGUCAAGGGCGGGCUCCUCUCCGGCAACCCCUUCGUCUCCUCCGCCCUCGUGGACGCCUACGCCAAGUGCUUCUUUCCCCCGGCGAUCUCCCCUGCGCAGCGCCUGUUCGACGAAUUACCUCACCGGAACGCCGUCGUCUGGGGCGCCAUGAUCGCUGCCCAUGCCCGCGCCGGCGACGUCGCCGCCGCCGCGCGAUUGCUGGACCUCAUGGACGUCCCCCGCGCCGCCUCCGCCUUCAACUCCGUCAUCGCCGCCCACGCCGGCGCAGGCCCCGGCGGUGCCAUCAGAGCCCUCGCCCUCUUCCGGCGGAUGCAGGCGGAGCGCGUCCGCCCCACCCUGGCCACCUUCCUCGCCCUCCUCCCCCUCUUCUCCGCCGCCGCCACCCUCAACCUCGUUAAGGAGCUCCAUUCCUUCUCCAUCAGGACAGCUCUCCUCCCGGAGCUCCGCCUCGGCAGCUCCCUGGUGGAGGCCUACGGGCGCUGCGGCAGCGCCGCCUACGCCCGCAGCUGCUUCGACUCCCUACCGGAGAAGGAGAGGGACGUGGUGUCGUGGAGCUCCCUGGUCUCCGCCUACGCCCUCAACGGGGAGCCCGCCGCCGCCAUGGCCACCUUCCGGCGCAUGGCCGCCGCGGGAGUGAGCCCCGACGGGAUCAUGUUCCUCGGCGUGAUGAAGGCAUGCACCCACGCCGGCAUGGCCGACGAGGGCCGCCGGUACCUGGAGCUCAUGCGGACGGACUACCAGAUGGAGCCGGCGGGCGGGCACUACGCCUGCCUGGUUGACGCCGUGGCCCGCGCGGGGCGGCUGGAGGAGGCCCGCAGGAUCAUCGUGGAGGAGAUGCCGGCGGGGAAGACGGCCAAGGCGUGGGGAGCGUUGCUCGGCGCGUGCCGCACGCACGGGGAAGUACCCCUGGCGGAGGCCGCCGCGCGGGCACUGGCGGAGAUCGAGCCGGAGAACGCCGCCAACCUUGUCAUCCUCUCCAGCGUCUACGCCGGCGCCGGCAUGCACGAGGCCGCCGAACGGGUGCGACGGGAGAUUCACGACAGGCGCCUCCGGAGGGCGCCAGGCAGCAGCUGGGUCUUCUCCUCCAACGGGCCUCCCGAUGAACAUCUGCCUCCAAGUCAACGGUUGAUACAGGAAGAAAGGUCAGCGCUGAGAUUUACAUGA